GAAAAUGGCCGACAACAGAGUUGGGCAUGGGUACUUCGGACAGGAGAGGUUACUGCUAAAAUUCUUUCAUAUCUAGGUCUAUUUGGCUGAAAUUGCUGAUUUAAUGUGAAUAUUAAUUUUUUUAAUUAAAUUUUUGAAAAUGACGUCUGUUGAUUCAGAUAAUGCAACAAAUAGUAUACGUGGUUACGACAGCGUUCUAGCCAAGUCGUCUGUUUCUGAGCGUUUAACAACAACAAUGAAUUCACAGCGUAAUUCUGCCAGUGAAGAGUCAUAUGAUAAAUGUGGGAUUCAGCAAAAGGAAGAACCGAGUAAAAGCCGCCCUGAUUCACCAACCACGACUUAUGUUACAAAACGAUUAGAAGCUUCUACCAGGCCUGAAGUAAGAAAAAAAAUAGAUGAAAUUGUGGCUAGUACUCAGAAGUUUAAUGACCUAGAGAAGUUACUUCUUUACCUCAAGCUUCCCACAGGAUCUUCUCUAUGCACAAAACCAAAAGAUAAACAUUUAAAUCGAGCAUCAUCAAAUCGUCCUGCACAUUGGCGAGGCUUGAAUUGGAUCCGUACCCACCUCGAAGAAAGUGCUGAAACAUCACUAUCUAAGCAGGACAUUUAUGAAGAUUACAGAAGUUUUUGUGAAAUGUCUGACGACCAAGUGCUAAGUACUGCAGACUUUGGUAAGCUUGUAAGACAAGCGUUUCCAAAAAUAACGGUGCGACGUCUUGGCACCAGAGGCAAUUCCAAGUAUUGCUACAGUGGCAUCAAUAAGAAAACAGAGGUCCGUCCACCAUCUUUACCAAACCUUGACGUAAUCAGUACACAUAAACCAGGAAAUGGAUCAAUCCUUGGUGGUGAACAACAGAUUAAAGACUCUGCAAAUUUUGUAGUUUGCGAGUGGGCAUCCAAACGUUUCGGGUGUUCUUUCAAUACAGUUGUUGAUAUUGCUAAACAUCUUGUCAAUAAUAAUAAAGUGCAGGGAAAGUCUGCUGCAGCCUUUAACCUCCUUGUUGAACAUCCAUCGAAACAAAUGCUCCACAAAUUCCGAACUGGUAUCCUGACCCAUAAGGAGACUAACCUUCACCUCCAAAGAACAAUUCAACGUCGCCAGAAGCAGAAGAUGCAGUCCGAGGCUAACAAUAAGUCAAAUCUAAACUCUCCUUCAAAAUCACAAACACCAAUAGCAAAGCAAGUAGACAAAUCAAAAAACGAUGAACCAAUGGAGAUAACAUGCAGUGACUACCAAUUGAAAUUUGAUAGUGACAGUGGACAUUCUCGAAGUUCGGAUUCAAGUUUCAGUGGUAGUGAUGCCACUACUGAUAACGAUAACUCCUCACCAAAGAAAUUGUGCAGCACAGCUAACCAUCAGAUCAACACCAAUAUGGACAAUAAGGAACGAAUCAAUCCAAAGGAAAGCCCAAAUACCAGGAAGCUAAAACCACUGAUGCCAAAAACCUCAAUCUCUGAAAGCCAAAGUCGACCGGUGAUCUGUGUAAUGGGCAGUCCGAUUACAGGAUCUCCAAUGGCGGGAACACCAACUAGGCAAACCUCUACACCUGUACUUCCACUGGCAAACCUCAAAGAUCAAACGUAUCUACAGUUAAUUACUAUAGCGCCCAACACACCAAUCAUGCAAGAUAUAAAAGGAAGUGGUGGCCCAACUAUUGAAUCGAUCAAGAAGUUGCCAACUGUAGUAGGUGGAAGUAGCAUUCCUGUAAGUUGUCAACAUUUAGUGAAAACGUCAGACACAAGUGUAAGAGCAGCGAUUGUAGCUAGUCCAUGCUCCGUUAUGCCAAACUCAACCACAAAAAGCAGUUCAGAAGGGGUAAGGGUUGUUCAGGGAAGUAUCCAGAAGGUCACACUAAAUAGCACACCUUCAAACCUGACUCCUAAUAUAUCAGUGCCUGCUGUGUUUUCAAUUCAACAGACGCCGAUAAGCAUGUCAUCUCCAAGUGAACCAGUGCCGGCAUCAACUGCUUCAAUGAUAACUUGCAUGCCACCAGUACUAACAAAUAAUCCUGCAGGUCAUUCUCAACAGUUCUCUAUUUCUGUUGCUGGUAGUGCUGUUAAUGAGAAACUUGUCCAAAGUCAAGGUAAAUGUCUUGCAGCUUCCCUUAACCAAGGACCACUUUCCCAACAGAAUCAUCAACGCGCACUUGAAAGCGAGUCACUGAAACAGGAGACACAGAAAAUUUCAGAGCAAACAUUUACUGAUAAUUCAAGCUCUGCCACUCUACUGAAGCUAAUAGACCUUCAAAAGCUUCCUCAACCGAAGGCAGCCACACAAGAAAAGCAAAACACUGGUCAACUGCAUUUGCCAACAGGUAGUAAAUCUAAUCCCAACACUUCCCUUCUACAUAACAUGCUGGUGUUACAGAAUAAUGGCAGCAUCCCAGAAUGGCAAAAUCCUUGCUCAUCACCCUCACUUCAAGUUCUGAACUCAACCAUUCCAAGAGCAAGUGCCACCACGGCUAAUGCAAAUGCAAAGACAAACAGUGCAUCUCAGGUAGUCCCCGACAGCAACAGUAGUACUGUUUACAACGUCAAAAACAACACACAUCCAGCUCUCUUGAAUUCUGGCAGUAUGAGUGUGCCAUCAAGUCCAAGCUACUUAUCUCAUUCCCAAAUAGCACAAACAUCUGGACAGCAAUAUGUUAUUCAGACAUUGCCAUCACCAGGACCAUCUGAAGGAAAUGUUUUUAGCUUCACACCAAUUGCAAACACGACGAGUAUCCUUCCAAAUGGUGUCCACAUGAAUCUGAAAGCAAUGCCAAAGCCAAAAGCUACCAUGGGCGUUAAACUUAAUCUUUCUGAACAAAAUCCCAAAUUGGUGAUGUGUCAGGAAGCACCACGGCAGGUACCCAAAACAGCAAGACAGGAACUGAUGGCCAUAAGAGGUGUACAAGGCAAUAUUGGUCCUGUCAGACAUCGUAGGGCAUCAUCAUCUUCACGGAAAAAACUUAACCAACCCUAUAGUGCUUCAAAAACAAAGGUUGUCCCCGGAGGAGUAACUUCUCCAGGAAACAGCAGAAGUGCAACUCCAGUGUCUCCUAUGCUUUCUAACUCUGGCAACGUUCAAUUAUUUCAGUCAGAAUCUGAGAGCAUGCCUCCACCAUCACCAAACCCAGUAACAGUUGAGGUGUCUCCCGGUGUUGCUCAGGGAUCUAACAAUUUAUUGACUAGUAGAAGUGCUACUAGUUGGGGACGACACCGUAGACUUUCAGGACCACCAGCACAAUUAAAUUUUUCAGGUGUCUGUGCACAGUUGACAAAUAAUGUGAUAAAUCGUGCUUUAUCAUUGAAACAAAGUCAAAGAAGUCAGUCGGUGCCAUUGCCGGAAUUAGGUUACGAAGCUCUCAUCCCCAAUUCACAGUCAAUAUGGAAUGCAAAGCAAAAUUUGACCCAGCUACCCCAAUUACAGGUGAUAAGUAUUAGUGAGGAAGAUUUCCUUGGUUCUGAUGAUCAAGAUGGAACUGACAUGAGCACAACUAACUCGGUAAGUGCUGGCAAUAAUAGUAUGCUGGAGCAUUCCUGGGAUCUGGAUGGAGACGACCCAGUGUUGACGAAUCGCAACGCAGCAAACACUAUGCUGACAAGUACUUUGAGAAACACAGUUACGGAAGAUGUAAUAGGCAGUGGAUUAGGACAAGACAAUCUGCUUCAGCAGUUAAGUACAAAUUCUAGUUUCUCUGGGAGUGACAAUUCCAUGGACAUGGAAACCACAGACUCCUUGGAUGCUUCCACCUGGUCCCUAGGUCAUUUCUCAUCUCUUCCCUGUGGAUCAUGAAAUUAUUUAUAACAUUAUUAAUUGUGUGUGAACAUAGGGCAAGGGGUGAGAUUGAAGGUGUCCCUCCCCCCCCCCCCUUUUUUUUGCGGGGGGCUGGGGUGGGGGAAGCAUUAAAAUAUGGCAGGGAGAUUAAAGCACCAAAACGAAAGUGUGUGAUAUUUGACAACUGACAAAUGACACAAAUUGUGAUGUACUUUGAAGAAAUGGUCACAGUUUGGGUUGAAGUGCAGUCCUUUGUUAGAAAUUUGUCUAUUUUUUGGCAUAGUUAGUUAACAAAGUAGUUUUUCUAAAGUAGUGAGUGAGUGAAUGAUGGCAGCUAUGCACCAAAUAUUUUAGUCCUAAUAGUUUGUUUAUUUUGAUAUCUUUGCUGUUUCGAUUCCUUUUAAAGUUUGAAUUGAAUUUUCAAAAUAGGGUAUCAUCUUCUUUCAUUUAUUAUUUAAUAAUUGUGGUUUAUCCUCUAUUAUUAUUGUAGGUAUUAAUAGUUAUAAUUGAGAAAAAAUGUGUUGCUUUUUUCUCCUGAAAUAAAAAUACUUCAUAAUGGAAUGUACCAACUAAUUCAAAAGGAGUGUUCUUUUUAUCAGAAUAAUUUGAAACAGUUCUGUUGAAUUCAUUUUUUGUGUUAGUUUCUGGUAUAAAUUUUAAAGGAUGACAUUGUUUUGAGUCAAAUUUGGUCUUUCUGAUUGGAUACACCAUAAAGCUGACCGUAAACAUAGAAUACAGUCAUUAACUAUCUGCAUGCAAUUAAUAUAUGAGUUUGCUUGAUACAACUCUCACCAUUCUGACUGUUAAACUGUUCACAUCUAAGAAUUAUUUAUUGAUUACAUAUUUGUUUACGAGCAGCUGCUAAUCAUCAUUUCCAUUCCUCUUAAUGAUCUAAUCAUUUUACUAUUUUUAUGUUUAUAUCCAAUCUUGUUUGUAUAAUAUAUGGUAUCUACUGAUAGUUCUUUUUAAAAUAUAUUGAUCACAUUUUCAAAUAAUCAAAGCAUAUUAUUUUUUGGGAUGACUGUUUUUUCCCCCAUAUUUUUCAAUUUGUAUGAAGUUCUUAAAAAGGGCAUACAUAUGUCACGGUAAUUAUUAAAAAAAAUAAUAAGGGCUUUCUGGUAAUAACGCCGUCCACCAUGACACACCCUUAAACCUAUUAGAAGUGUUACUAGAGACCAAAUGCUUCAAUUUCAUAUCAGUGCAUUUCCCCAUAUUAUAUUUUGUCCUUAGCGUAGAUUAGAUUAUUUAUUUAACUUAUUGUCUUAAUCUUAUUGUACAUAUAUACUGUAUACAUAUAUUAUAUGUCUAACGUGUGCUCUGGCUUUUGUAUUGCUCAAUCAUACCUUUUACUUCUGCAAUCUCCAAUCGAAUUAGCUGCUUGUUUAGAUGUAGCCCGAUUUGUCUUGCCCAAAAUACUUUUGUUUCUCGUUAUUAACAUGUAUUAUGACCGCAGAUGAUGUAGGUCAGUGACCCGUAAAUCAAAAACACAGUUCUGUUAUUCUCAAAAUAAGUGUGAUUAUUUUGCUGAAAUUGAUAUCAG